GCAUUGAGAAUCCAUAGAAAGAGAAGGGAAGACCGAAGCAAGUAUUCAGAACUUUGAAAUGAGCCCGAAGCGAUCUGAGCAUGUCUGGGGCUGUUUCCUGCUUCUUAAUUAAAAAAAUAAGCUUUGGCAGCUUACUCAGAGGAGGUGAAAAGCCUCUCGGGUGUUACUCUCUCCGCGCUAAAGAUACAGCAGCUUUGAGAAAGCUUAUACUUGUCUAACCUAUGUUUCAAGUUGCUGCCAGAUCUCAGAAAGUGCUGGUGGAUUAGAUACUUUGGGGAUUUGAUGCAUUAUUUCCUUCUCCUUGUGGGAUACUAUAUUAUGAAGAAGGAUUAAGAGAAGAAUUUUGAUCUACAAUCAUGACUGAAGAAAAAAAUCUGGGGGUGUCUCAGACUGCCUUGUCACCUUCAAGAAGUACUAGCAGCUGUUCUUCUAAACAAGGAAGUCGGCAGGACAGCUGGGAAAUCAUAGAAGGACUUCGCGGAGUCAUGAGUUGCACCCAGGAACCCCAGAAGCAGGAAGGCUACUUGCUGAAAAAAAGGAAAUGGCCUCUGAAAGGUUGGCAUAAGAGAUGGUUCUUUCUGGACAAAGGAAUUUUGAAAUACGCUAAGAAUCCAGCCGAUAUAGAGAAAGCGAAGUUGCAUGGAUGUAUAGAUGUUGGCCUUUCGGUGAUGUCUGUGAAGAAAUCGACUAAAUGUAUAGAUUUAGAUACUGAGGAACAUAUUUAUCAUUUGAAGGCAAAAUCUCAGGAAGUAUUUGAUGAAUGGGUAGCAAAACUGCGUCAUCAUAGAAUGUAUCGUCAAAAUGAAAUUUCCAUGUUUCCAUAUGAUAUCAACAAUCAUUUCUUCUCAGCUUCAACAUCUAUUGCAGAUUCAGUAACUGGUCUUUUGGAAUCAACAGCAAACAAAAAGAGAGGCAGCAUGACACAGCAAAAUUCAGUGCAGGCGGGAAGUCCUAUGUCAUUCCCUUGUUUAAACGAAUCAAGAAUUCCAACUUGUUUGCAGUCAUCUGAAGAUAUGGAAAGAUGUUCAAAAGACCUUUCCCAUUGUCAGAACUAUCUCUUGGAGAUGAGCCAGCUUUUACAAAGCAUGGAAGUUCUCCAUAGGACAUAUUCGGCGCCUGCCAUAAAUAUUCAGCAAGGUCUCCUUUUUGAAAGUCCCAAAAAAGAAAAAAGAACACACAGACGAUGGCGUUCUAGAGCUCUUGGUAAAGAUGCUAAAGGGAUGUUGCAGGUACCAGCUGUUCUUUCUGCUCCACUAAGGCUGCAUGCUUCAAAUCCUAAUUUAUCUACAUUAGAUUAUGGAGAUGAAAAAAUGUAUUCAAAUGGUUCUGAGGUGACAUCAGAAUUUUCUAAAAUGCAAGAGGACUUGUGUCACAUAGCUCACAAAGUGUACUUUACCUUAAAGUCAGCUUUUAGUACGAUUUCAACAGAAAGAGAGAAGCUGAAGCAGAUGUUUGACCAUGAUUCAGUCGCAUCUCCAUCUGCUCAGAUAAUUGGACUGAAGAAUGCCUUAUCAUCUGCCAUAGCACAAAACACAGAUCUUAAAGAACGGUUAUGCAGAAUACAUGCCGAAUCUAUGCUCCUUGAUUCAGCUGCUAAUGCAAAUUCAAGCCCUGAUUUUGUAAAGGAAAAUUCUGAACAUCAAAACAGGAGUCUGGUUCACCAAAUAUCCAAUGAAAGCAGACUAUCAAUAACAGAUUCCCUCACCGAAUUUUUUGAUGCACAGGAAGUUCUGCUGUCUGCCAGUUCUUCAGAAAAUGAGGUAUCUGAUGAUGAUUCAUAUGCCAGUGAUAUAAGUGAUAAUAUUUCCGAAGACAACCUAAGUAACGACAUAGAGAAUGAAAGGCAAACACUUGAUUGUGUCCCAGAUGGUAUUGUGGAAUGCCAUUCAAGGAGGAGGACACGUUUACCAGCCUCAUGCCCCAAUACAAGUAACAUCAGCCUCUGGAACAUUCUACGGAAUAAUAUAGGAAAAGAUCUCUCCAAGGUGUCAAUGCCUGUUGGGCUGAAUGAACCUUUGAACACUUUGCAAAAGCUUUGUGAGGAACUGGAAUAUAGUGAAUUGCUGGAUAAGGCAGCAUUUACACCUAAUCCCUUUGAAAGGAUGGUUUAUGUGUCUGCUUUUGCAGUCUCUGCCUAUGCAUCUAGCUACUACAGAGCUGGAAGCAAGCCAUUCAAUCCUGUGCUUGGAGAAACCUAUGAAUGUAUCCGUGAAGAUAAGGGUUUCCAAUUUUUUUCUGAACAGGUCAGUCAUCACCCAGCUAUAUCUGCAUGUCAUGCUGAAUCUGAUAACUUUAUAUUUUGGCAAGAUAUCAGAUGGAAAAAUAAAUUCUGGGGAAAAUCCAUUGAAAUAGUACCAAUUGGCACAACACAUGUAAUUUUGCCAGGUUUUAAGGACCAUUAUGAAUGGAAUAAAGUAACAUCUUGCAUUCAUAAUAUUUUAAAUGGACAACGAUGGAUAGAACACUAUGGAGAGAUUAUAAUCAAGAAUCUGAAUGAUGAUAGCUGUCACUGCAAACUUACUUUUGUAAAGACUAAAUAUUGGAAUCGCAGUGUUCAUGAUAUUGAAGGCAAUGUUUUGGACAAAAAUGGAAAAGUAGUACAUCGACUUUUUGGAAAAUGGCAUGAAAAUAUUUAUUGCGGAACACCAUCUUCACCAAACUGCAUCUGGAGAGCAAAUCCAAUGCCUAAAGACUAUGAACAAUGGUAUGGUUUCACACAGUUUGCAUUAGAAUUAAAUGAAUUCGAGUCCAUCAGUAGACCACUGUUACCACCUACUGAUACCCGAUUUAGGCCAGAUCAAAGGUUCUUAGAAGAAGGAAAUAUUGAAGGAGCAGAAAUACAAAAACAAAGAAUUGAAGAGCUGCAGAGAGCACGGAGGAAAGUUCUAGAAGAAAGCAAUAUAGAACAUCAUCCUAGAUUUUUCAGGAAAUCUGCAGAUGACUCUUGGGUAAGCAAUGGAACUUACCUGGAACUUAGAAAAAACCCUGGAUUUUCCAUGCUGGAUAAUCCUGUGUUGUGGUGAAAAGAAUCAAGUGAAGAGGACCUUUAACAAUCCUUUUCUGUUUAUAAGGAAGAAAAUGCUGCAUAUAAUUUUGUUCUUAUAGACUAUUACUUAAGACUUUGGCAUGCAUGUAUAUUUACUUCAUUCUGUUUCUCUUCUAUUUCAAAAUUAUUAUUUUUUAAAAGUUAUGAAAACUAAUUUUCUUUAUAUAUAAAUUAAUGAUUACUAAAUGUUAUUUUUAAAUGGAGACAAAAGAGAGAUUAACACUAUUUUUCCAAAGGAUGCUGCAAGUAAGAUUUAAUGCCUUAUAAAGUUGUGUGACAAAUAUUACGAGUCAGUAGCAUUUAGCCGCACAAACACAAGCAAAUAGCUGACACUGAUUCCUCAGCAAGGCAGUACCAAAGCUGCUGUUUAUUUAUUAUGUCUGAAUUUAAACACUGGACUAUUUUUCAACAGAUUCGAUACCUUAACAUUGUAUCUAAUUAAAAAAAAAAUCAAGAAAUAAUAUAAGUGGUAGUAGUAUUAGUAAUGCUACUGCCUUAUAAAAAAGAUAAAGAACUUUGGGAAGUUCUCUUACGACUUGGUGAAAUGAACUUAAAACUGUUGAAGAAUUGAAGAGUUUAGCAGAACUUUAACAGAAGAGAUUCCAAGAAAAUUGUGUACCAAAUUUUUAUCAUAGGAUGUAUAUGGAUAAUGCUGUAUAGAAAGCCGCUGCAACUCCUUUGAAAGAGAUACUUUAAAAAGCAUACAAAGCACCUCUUUAGAGUAGUUGUGUCUUUUUUCUUCUUCUUCUCAGCUUGUGUGGUUGCUUUGGGAAGUUGUUUCAAGCUGCCUUCAUGUGCAUGGAUGCACAGACAUUUUACUUCAUAUGGAGAGAGCCAUGUAAGUGGAAAAAGGCAUGGCUGCUUGAGUGAUUCAUCAGUACUUUCUAUACACACACACACACACUCUCUCUCUCUCUCUCUCUCUCUCUCUCUCUCUCUCUCUCUCUUCUGAAAGUCUUAAAACUCUAAAAACAUAGAAAAAUACCUCCUCCAUUCAAUCCCAUUCCUUGAUGUUCUCGUUAUGCUACUAGGCAGACUCCUGUGACUUUCCAGAAGCUCGGGAGAUGAAAUAUAUAAACCUGAACUUUCAAACAAUGCUCCUAUCUAAUCUAGAACUUGGGUAAAAAUGAUCAAAUGAAAUAAUCUGACAUAAGUACUGACAGAACUUUUUAGAUUCACUCUAGACUUUUCUCUUUAAAAAGUAAUUAAGACAAUAUAAAAAUCCUUCAUUUUAACAAUUUGCAAAGCAAUUAUGUUAAAAGACAAAUGUUUUUCUAAUACUAUAUUUUGGUAUUUUCUACCUCUUCUAAAUAGCUUGUUUAAUAUCUUGUAUUUAAAAAAAAAACCAUCUGCCUUAGAUAAACAUUUGAAAAUAUAUGACCUUGCUUUAAAUCUAGAUAUCAGUGUGAUAUCUGUCUUGUACUAAAUGGUUACAUGUUUUCCAGUAUCUUGGUUUAUAUUGUAAUAUGUUCAUUAACAGACUUAGCCAGUAUCAGAAAUAAACAAAAACAGCAUUCUGGAAUAAAAUUGACCACCUUUUGUUUAUUAAAUUAAUUUUAUUUUAGUAUCAUACAUGAUAUUUUAAAAAUUAUUGUCUCGACCCUGACGUUUUGUAUACAUUUUGUAGUCUGCAAACCAAGGAAUAAUGUUGGCAUACAGUGCUGAAUACUUUUGUUGGCAAAAUAUUUGUUACAAUUUAUCAAUAUGUAGGAUAAAUCCAUUGAUUUCAAAUAAUGCACAGAAAAUUACUGCAUUGCCCCAAACCAUUUCUAUGGAACACCUAGCUUGGGGCAAAUGUCUCAGCCUUAAUAUUUGGAGAAAAUAAGCAGGUGGAAGGUUUGUCUAGUAUCUGACAAUUUUGCACUGAGAUUAUCAGCAAUUCUCUUUUUAUAGCAGUAAUCCAGAUCAUCUUAUAACAUUGGUACAGAAAUAACUCGUACACAAAUUCAGUUUCAAACAAAAUGUGCCCAACUAUUUUAUUGGCUAUAAACUACAGCAAUGGAAAAUCCAUGUCUCUAUAAUCUCUUAAGGGCCUGCAGCCUACACACACAUAUGCACAUGUGGAUUAGGGACAUAGGUUUGCCAUCCAUGUUGCAAUUAUAAGUAGUGCUUUGUUUUUGAGUAUGCAACUGUUAAUCUAAAAUUAAAAUGUGAAAAUAUAAUAUAUUAUACAAAUACUUGAAACAUUCACAAAUACAAAUUUUGAAAAAAAAAAGUUCUAAAACAUGAAAAACUGAAAUUUUGAUUUGAUCUUAAAAUUAUGAGACAUUACAAUAUGAAAUUCAAAUUGGAUUCUUAGAAAUAGGAGAAACUACAUUCUCAAUUUUCUGAAGUUCAGAAAUCUUGAAGUACGACAUUUGAGAUAUGCAUUUUGGUAUAAUAAUUUAAAAUUCAAAGAAAUUGUUGGUAGAACAUUUCAUAUUACUGGGACUACUAUGAAAAAGAAAAUCUUAAAAGGCAUAACUGUACUUUCUUAACCAGACCAUGAAUCUGCAAGCAGCACUUAAAAUGUUUGCAUGUUCAGUGAGGCUCAUUUGGGAGAAUAAAAUUAUUAUCUAUGCCUCCAGGCAACUGGUUGACAUAUUUAAAUGUUCAAAACUGCAAAUUUGAAAAAUUAGUUCACUUGAAAUUUAGAAAUAAUUCAACGUUCUAAUACUUCAUCGAUUUUUAAUAUUUUGGCCAUUGUAGCAUUCAUUAGAUGUACUUUAUAUCCACUUGUACUAAUGAUUCCUUCAUGUGAUAUUGUUGCCAAUUACUUGUGAUUGAGUUUGUAGUGGUUAUUCCAAUCUUUAAUAAAUAUUGAAGACAUUAUCUAAAAUGAAUGCUAUUAAAUAAUUAUUUAAACUGAAAGGCUGGAUGAAAAACCUAAACAGCACAAUUUUGCAAAAACAAAAUAAGGGUCUAUAUGGUGGUAACGCAAGCUUGAUCCUACACUCAGAUCAUGCCAAAUAGCAUGCCCAGAUCUAAAUGUGUCUUUCCUUUUUAUGCUUGUCCUUUUAGCCAAUACUUUUUGAAAUCUAGAACACAUAGGGACAUUCCUAAGUUUGCUGCAGAGAGAACCCACCCCCUGACUCUGAUGUCACUACCAACAACCUGGUGCUUGCAUGCAACAAGCAGAGAACAAAUUCAGUUCCUCUGCAGCCAUUGAAAAGUAGCAUUUCCUCCAAUUGCACAUUCACAUUGAGAGUAAAUGCAAUUUCUUAUGCAUUCUCUACCCUAAAUUUAGAGGGUGAUUGUAUGCUUCCUGUUUUUCUGCUCAUUGUUUAGCUAGCAUUAAUUCCAUUUCUGAAAACAUCAUUAUUUAAAAAGGUGGAGCAAAAGCAGAUUAGAUAUACAAUUCCUUAGAAAUUAUUUGAAGCUUGCACAAGUGUGAUUCACAAGGUUCAGAAUCCUAACUUCAAAACCAGUCCUGCAAAUAAUACAGUAGUAAUAUACAGUAUUGGCAUACAUGCUUCAUUUUAUUAUUAUUAUUAUUUUGUGGUAUACAUGCAGUUGUGUGUAAUUCUUUUUUCCAAAAUUUCAUUGUUUCAGAACUAUUAAGAUAUUUACUUUCUGAAAAUAAACUUCAACGAAACAAUAUAUUUUAAACUAAACAUGCUUAGAAAUGCUUGAGUAGCAGCAAAGCUGUUUCCUUUCAAAGUUAACAGUAGCACUCCACCAUAAAAUCAAUAGUUAAUGUUUUCUAAGUAUCAAAUUCUACACUAAAUUGGUGCAAUUUUCAAAUCUGAGCACUUGCAUUAUUUUAUGGAUGGAAUGAUUUAAAAUUAAUUGUUUAAAAUGGUUUCCACUUUAAACUCUUUGGACUGCAAUGAGAAUAUUGCAUUUCUUUUAAAAUAGGAUCAUUUGGAUGGAAUAAUUUUAACGUACAUCAAACUCAUUGGGCUGCACCUUGAUUUUAUUCAUAGUUGAACAAAUAUCACUCUAAUCUGAAAAUUGGGUUAGUCAUAACUCAAUUCUAUUGAUUUCACUAAAUCAAUAGUGUAAGUUUGAAUUACCGUAUUUUUCGGACUAUAAGACGCACCUAAAUUUAGAAGAGGAAAAUCAACAAAAAAAAGUUUUUGGCCUCCACACAUCCCAUUUUUGGGCCUUUUCCAGGGAUUUCAGCAAUAUUCAGUCUAUAAGAAGCACAGACAUUUUUACCCCUUUUGGGAGACAAAAAAAAGUGUGCCUUAUAGUCUAAAAAAUUUGGUAAUCUUGAUAGGAACUGUCAAACUGCACUUCACCACAAAGAGUAUUAUUCUGAACCAGCAGUGAAAUGCACUUACCUUCACUAUCAGUUUGGAAAUGUGUGUACUCGCGUGCGCCUCUUCUGCACAUGUGCAGAGCUUUCUGCACAUGUGCAGAGGGUCAAAAAUGGAACGUAAUGACAUCUCAGUGGGUGGGCGGAGCCUCCCGCCGCCGGCCCUACCAGUUUGCACAAGCCGGAUAGAUCUGGGUGGAUUUCACCGCUGUUCUGAAUCAUCUGUGUUCUGCAUCCAAAUAAAAACUUUCAUAUUUGGAAUUGAUGGAAUUUUAACAUACUGGAUAUGUAAAAGGUCCUUACAUUUUAUUUACUUAAAUAUUUAUAUUGUAGAAAAUUAAAUUACACAAUGUAAGCAAAUGAAGUGAGGUUUUCUAAUUUAGAUAAUUUAGUAAUGGCAUUCUUGUACUUGGAUUAUUAUUAUUUUUUUUUUGACAUCUAUAAGUUUUAAAAGGGCCAUUCAACUUGUGUGAAGAAGGUAGUGUAUGAUAAAAUCUGCAUCCAUUUUAAGAUUAUAAAUGAAGCAGAAAAAGAAUGUAAAUUAACUUUGGAAUUUUCAGUAAACCGCAAUCUUUAUUAGUUUCUUCCUUAAAAAAAUAUUUUCAAGUUCUCAUUCAAAGAUCAACAAACCUAUAGUUCUUCUUUCUCUAUAAUUACAUUAGUUCUUAUGUCGAUUUCUGUUUUUAAAUGUUUUAGAAUCUUGUUAGGGUGAAGUAUUUAUCCCGUAUCUCCUUAAUUCUCAUAUAUUCAUGCAUGCUUGAUCCAUUCUACUUCAAUAUUAAUUGUUCAAAUUAAUAUCAUGCUAUGUUGAUUUUAUAUUGGGAGGAUAUUAACCUGUUGAUGGAUUAUCUUGCGAUUAAAAAUAAUCUCAUUAAUUGCUGCAUCCUGUGAUUUUUUUUAAGUUGCAGUUGUCUUCCAGGUUUUCUUAUUAUUCAAUGAAAGAACUCCUGAUCUGACAAUAGAUUUUAUCUCUGUACCCAUGUUGAUUAUUAAUAAAUAUUUAACAUCUCAAGAA